AUGGAUUUGGGACGUGUGCUCGGCUCGACGGGCAAGCAGCUACUGGAUAGGGCACAAACUAGCCUCAUAUCCUUGGGUACGGCUGCGGUUCCUGUCGGCCUAGUCAGGAACCUGGUCCUAUCAAUUCUAUCGAAUAUAAGAGUUGGGACCCUGGAGAUUUACUCUCACGACGGAGAAAAGUGGAGAUGCGGUCAAGGGAACGGAGGACACAAAGGUAUCAUACAUGUCCACAGGGAUACGUUCUGGUUCCGAGUCCUUGUAUCGGCAGACCUUGGCUUCGCCGACUCGUUCAUGUUGGAAGAGUUCUCGACGCCAGACCUGAUGGCACUGAUGGAGCUCUUCAUCGAAAACGAACAGCACCUGUCCAACCUCAGCACCACCCCAUAUCGAUUUGUGGCUGCCAUCUCGGAUGUGCUCUUCCGCACCGUCGACACCGGCACCUUCAAAAACGCCAGUCUGAACAUGGCCGCCGCGUACGACCUCUCCAACGGAAUGUUCGAGGCGUUCCUCUCCCCGGACAUGAGCUACUCCUGUCCGAUCUGGCUGGCCCGGUCGCAUCCGCAGUACGCCAGCGACACCCUGGAAGCCGCGCAGAUGCGCAAGCUGGACCAGCUGCUGGCGAACGUGCAUGCGCAGCCCACGGAUCACAUCCUGGAGUUCGGGACGGGAUGGGGCAGCAUGGCGAUCCGCGCGGCGACGACGAUCGGCUGCCGCGUGACGACCUGCACACUCUCCGAAAUGCAGUACCAGCGGGCGCAGAAGCGCGUGCGCGCCCUGGGGCUCGAGGAGAAGGUCACGGUGCUGCUGUGUGACUAUCGCCUGCUGCCGGUGCCGGAGGUGCCCUACGACAAGAUCGUCGCCGUGGAGAUGAUGGAGGCGAUGGGCGACCAUGAGUUGCAGACGUUCUGGGAGACCGUCGAUAGGUUCCUCAAGCCGGAGGGCGGGAUUGUCUCGAUCCAGUCGAGUAUCAUGCCCGAGUCGAGAUAUAAGAAUAUGUUUCCUAAGGGAGAGGGGUUCAUUCGUCGAUAUAUCUUCCCCGGAGGCCACUGCCCCAGCGUCACCAGACUGUUGGAAGCAGUCCAAAGUUCCAACGCCCGACUCGAUCUGGAAUCCGUGCAGCAAUACGGCGCCCACUAUGUGAGAUGUCUCAACGAAUGGAGUAACAAGUUCCAGCACAAUUUUCGGGGCAUCAUUGCCCCCCUCGUGCGAGAAAAGUACAACCUGUCGGAAAGCGACGUGGAGGUCUUUUACCGGAAAUAUAUCUAUUACUUUACGUAUGCAGCGGCUGCAUUCGAUACGAAGGUUUUGCACCUUUCCCAAGUCACUUUCAGCCGGCCUGGCAACUUGGCGAUGUUGGCAGAGGCUUAG